AUGGUGGUGCAGAAAAAGGUGAAGAUGAGGAACAAGAAAGGAAAUAGCAUCCCAAAGAGAAAAAAAGGUCCUUUGUUUUCUUGGCCAUGGGGGAAUUUAAAUAAUUUCAAGGCAUGUUGCAUUUUUUCAUAUUUGUUGUAUGGGCCAUUAGUAGGGAAAGUUGCAUAUGCAAUCUACAAGAAGGAAAUGAGCAAGAAUGAAAUUUGGAGCUUCCACAUUCUCUUGCUGUUUGGGCUUAGAGCCCUUGUGCACCAGCUGUGGAGUACUUACAGUAAUAUGUUUUUCCUUAAUCGUGCUCACCGGAUUAAUGAAGAUGGAGUGGAAUUUGAUCAAAUUGAUGCUGAAUGGCAUUGGGACAGUUUCUUGAUACUUGAAUCUAUUGUGGCCUCAUUGUCAUAUUUGAGUUUCCCUAAUUUGUUGGCCAAUCUUCCCAUGUGGGACACAAAGGGUGUUCUCUGUUGCCUUUUGCUUCAUAUUGGAAUUUCAGAGCCAUUAUAUUACUGGAUGCACAGAUUAUUGCAUUCUUCGGUUUUAUUCAGCCAUUACCAUUGGCUCCACCACAGCUCCAAAGUUUUAAAUCCAUUCACAGCUGGGCAUGCAACAUUCUUCGAGCAUCUGUUACUUUGUGUAGUAAUUGGAAUCCCGACACUGGGAACUUCCUUCAUCGGUUAUGGAUCCAUAAGCCAAAUGUACGGUUAUAUUUUGGUGUUCGAUUUUCUUAGAUACCAUAGCCUUCACCACAUGGAUAUGAAGACUAAUUUUUGCCUCUUCAUGCCUUUAUAUGAUAAAUUAUGGAAUACACUGAACUCUGCUUCGUGGACCCUUCACAGAGAAAUUAGUUUGAGGACGAAUAGCAGAGGACCUGAUUUCGUGUUUCUUGUUCAUAUGGUGGAUAUUAUGUCGGCAAAUCAUGCUCCCUUUGUCCUUCGAUCCUUCAACUCCAUACCUUACAGUACAAAGCUCUUUUUGCUUCCAAUGUGGCCUUUUACGUUUAUCAUCAUGCUCAUUAUGUGGGCCAAAUCAAAGACAUUCAUGACCAGCUUUUACAAUCUCAGAGGAAAAUUGCACCAGACAUGGGUUGUACCAAGAUAUGGCUUCCAGUAUUUCUUACCUUUUGCUGCAGAAGGAAUAAAUAAACACAUCGAAGAUGCAAUCCUUACGGCUGACAAAAUCGGAGUUAAGGUCCUUAGCCUUGCUGCAUUAAAUAAGAACGAAGGCCUGAAUGGAGGUGGAAUCCUUUUCACAGAAAAGCAUCCGAAUCUCAGAGUUCGGGUUGUUCAUGGCAACACAUUGACAGCUGCUGUGAUUCUAAACGAGAUUCCUCGUGAUGUUGAUGAGGUUUUCUUGACAGGUGCAACUUCUAAGCUCGGUAGAGCCAUAGCACUCUAUCUUGCUCAGAGGAAAGUCAAAGUGCUCAUGCUAACGCUGUCGAACGAAAGAUUCGUCAAGAUUCAGAAAGAAGCACCAGUGGAUUGCCAAAAGUAUUUGGUCCAAGUUACUAAAUAUGAAGCGGCUAAGCACUGUAAAACAUGGAUUAUCGGCAAGUGGGCUACGCCACGUGAACAGUACUACGCCCCAACUGGUACGCAUUUUCACCAGUUUGUGGUUCCACCAGUUAUUCCGAUUAGAAGGGACUGCACUUAUGGAAAUCUAGCAGCAAUGAAGCUUCCGGAAGAUGUUCAGGGACUCGGAAUAUGUGAGUACACAAUGGGACGAGGGGUGGUUCACGCUUGCCAUGCUGGCGGUGCUGUUCAUUUUCUUGAAGGCUGGAAACACCAUGAAGUUGGGGCAAUUAAUGUCGAUCAGAUUGAUGUUGUCUGGAAGGCUGCACUCAGACAUGGAUUUAAGCCUUUGCAAAUUUCAGAACAAAAGAAAACAGAAAUGUCAGUCGAUGUUUGAGGUGUUCCUAUUGCUCUGUUCACGUCCGGUCACUCUAUACACCUAUAUGUCACUCGUGUGGAAUUAGUCAUACAGACAUGAAAUGAAGUAUCUGUUAGGUUUUCCUAUCUUGUUUAGAUAUGACUGUGCUUUCAAAGUUAUGAGACAAACAAUCAACAGAUGGCAUUUAACUAUAAUUCUAAUAAAGCUCGGCUUUCUUUUUGGCAAAUAGAUGUUUUUUUGUUUUUGUUCAACUUUAAGUGGUUAUUAG